UUGAAUGAAGUGUGUGGUGAAGUUUGUGGAUCAAGUCAAAGAAAGUAAAUGCUUGCAUCUCAAGUUUUCAUUUCAUGUUUUAAUUUAUAGUGUAAAUUAAAGCACAUCAUAAUUUAGUGACUAUUUUAUACAUAAAUUGUUAAAAUUAACGCAAUGGCUUUGCAACCACAUAGUAAAAAAAGAGUGUGCUAUUACUAUGAUAGUGACAUCGGAAACUAUUACUAUGGCCAAGGCCAUCCCAUGAAACCUCAUCGUAUACGUAUGACUCACAAUUUGCUAUUAAAUUAUGGUCUUUACAGGAAGAUGGAAAUAUAUAGGCCACAUAAGGCCACGGCUGAUGAAAUGACUAAGUUCCAUUCAGAUGAUUAUAUUCGGUUCCUAAGAUCUAUUAGACCAGACAACAUGUCUGAAUAUAAUAAACAAAUGCAAAGAUUUAAUGUUGGUGAAGACUGUCCAGUAUUUGAUGGGUUAUAUGAAUUCUGUCAGCUCUCAGCUGGUGGUUCAGUAGCGGCUGCAGUAAAAUUAAACAAGCAGGCUUCAGAAAUAUGCAUCAAUUGGGGUGGUGGACUACAUCACGCUAAGAAAUCAGAAGCAUCAGGCUUCUGCUAUGUAAAUGACAUUGUUCUUGGAAUUUUGGAACUACUCAAAUACCAUCAAAGAGUUUUAUAUAUUGAUAUUGAUGUACAUCAUGGUGACGGAGUGGAGGAGGCAUUCUACACUACAGAUAGAGUGAUGACAGUGUCUUUCCACAAGUAUGGAGAGUAUUUCCCAGGGACAGGUGACCUACGGGAUAUUGGGGCUGGCAAAGGUAAAUACUAUGCAGUGAACAUCCCUCUACGGGAUGGAAUGGAUGAUGAUUCGUAUGAAUCUAUCUUUGUGCCCAUAAUAUCGAAGGUCAUGGAAACCUUUCAGCCCAGUGCGGUAGUGUUGCAGUGUGGAGCUGAUUCACUAACAGGUGACAGAUUGGGUUGCUUUAAUCUAACGGUGCGAGGGCAUGGACGAUGCGUGGAGUUAGUGAAGAGAUUUGGCCUGCCUUUCCUACUUGUUGGAGGCGGAGGGUAUACAAUCCGCAAUGUAUCUCGCUGUUGGACUUAUGAGACAUCAGUUGCACUUGGAGUAGAAAUAGCCAAUGAAUUGCCUUAUAAUGACUAUUUUGAAUACUUUGGACCUGAUUUCAAACUACACAUCUCUCCAAGUAACAUGUCUAAUCAAAAUACACCUGAAUAUUUGGAAAAAAUAAAAAACAGACUCUUUGAAAAUUUGCGAAUGUUACCGCAUGCACCAGGAGUACAGGUGCAAGCCAUUCCCGAAGAUGCUGUAAAUGAUGAGUCUGAAGAUGAAGAUAAGGUGGACAAAGAUGAAAGACUUCCCCAAAGUGAAAAGGACAAGCGUAUAACCGGUGACGGGGAGCUCUCCGACUCCGAGGACGAGGGCGAGGGGCGGCGCGACAACCGCUCGUACCGCGCGCCGCAGCGCAAGCGGCCGCGCCUCGACAAGGAUGCCACGCCCGCCAAGGACGACGUCAAAGCUGAAGACACUAAAGACGAUAUAAAGAACAUAAGCAAUAUGGAAGAACCAAAGAAAGAGGUGCCGCCGAAUGCCUGAUGCGUGCGAUAAAUUACACCAAGAAGUUCAUAUCAGCAUACAGCUGAACUUCACUAGUGAUUAUUGAACACAGGUGUGUGUGCUAAAAUGAUACAUGUUUAGCAGUCAUAUUUUUUAUUGUGAGAAUAUUUCUGUGUUGACUCGAAAGUGCAUAGCAAAUAAGAAGAGUGAGUGUUAUCACUGAAUUAGGCUACAAUAAACUAAUAAGUGACUUUUAAACUACAAAAUUAAAUACCCAUGUUUAUGUCUGUUGCAUGUCUGUGGCAUAAAAGCCACAGACAUGCAACAGAGAACAUCAUUACAGAAGCAUCUUGAUCAUCGACGCGUAUAUGAAAUAUCCAAAUACGUGUAAUACAAUUGAAGUUCAUUGCAUACUUGCAUGACAGUAAUAUUUAUUCAUAAAACUCUUUGUAAAUAUUGCGUCAAAACAAUAUACAUAAUAAUACUACUCUAUUAUUCAACAUUAAAAAAAAUGUGGAUAAUGUGAUCUUUAAUUUUAAGAUACUCUCUAAGAUUUUUUAUAUUUAACUUGUUUAAGAAGGACAGAUUGCAUUUAAGUCUGAAAUAUUAUUUAAUGGCAAAACUAAAUGUUCCUUAAUAGAUCAUGAAAUUUAUUUGAUUGUGUGAUAACUACAUGUGAAUUUAAGCUACUAAAAAUUCAUAUUGAUUACAAAGUAACAGAACAUGAGGUUCCUUUUAAAUGUUUGAACUCUUUUAUUUUUUUCUUAACAAUUAGUCUGUAAUGUCAUGAUUAGGUUUUUUUUUACAAAUUUUGGAUGUAAAGUAAAACUUUUACUUUGAAGGAGACUUCAAUUUACAAAAUUCCUUAAAAUUUAGAAUAUUCUCAAGUUCACUGACAUUGUUCAAUGAAAAGACAUAUAUACAUUUUUAAUUAUCAUCCACAUGUAAAUUUACAUUUGAUGCAGUUUUAGACUGUAAUUAGGAAGUCUUUUUAAUUAUUUAAUUGCAAAGUAUCUGAUCAUGUUAGUCCAGGAAACAAGCUACUAACGAGCGAGUUUCAUAAUUCAAUGGUUUCAGCUUUAUAUAAACAGACUGACAGACUAAAUUUGCAACAUUGUAAUGAUAUAUUGUACACACAAUUAAUCUUUUCAAAACUUGUAAAAACACAUACAGAUGGCUCUUUACAAUAUUGUUAUAUGUAUAUAUGUAAUAAAACUUGAAAUAAUUAAAUUCAUACUGUGUUCUAAAAGCCCAUAAUUUAUUUAUUAAUAAAACAUAAAUGUUAAUGUAUGUAUGAUUAAUAUGUCUUGGUAUUUUUUUAUUUGUAUUUCAAUGUAGUUUUGCGUGGAUUGGACAACUAACGAUAUAUUGAUUAUACACCCUUAACAAUACUUAUUGAUAUGAUAUGAUUGUAGAAUGUUCAAUAUUCUACAAUAAUGUAUCAAAUUAAUUUGAACAUGUGUAUAUUAUAAAUAUCUCGGUAGCCGACUCAAGCAAGCUGAAUUCCUAUGUACUUUGUAAUUGAUACCAAAGUAUAUAAUCUGUUAAUAGUAUAUAAUAACUAUGUUUCACAAUGGCAUGGCUGACAAAUUGAAUCAUUUUAUUAGCUAUAUAAAUAUUUUUAAUACUUUAUUAAAUAUUACCCAAUUGAUAGUGUACAUUUAUAUUAUAAAAACAUAGAAUUAAAACUGGAAUUAAAUAUGAAUGAUAAUUUCAUUUUAAAAAACAAUAAUGAAUGUUGAGUCAAUGGCACCGAAGAAGUAAUCGUGUUUAUAAAAUUUGUUUUCUGUGGACUUUAAACUAAAUUUUGUUAAUUCAAAACAUAAUUAUUUUGCAAAAUUUGUUUAAAUAUAAUAAUGUUUUUGUCCUUAGUUUAAUGAAUUUUACUAUUUACAAGAAAACAAUCACUUCACAUGUAAAAGUUUGAUUCACAGGCAACUUGCGUCAGCCAUACCGUUAAAUUCAUAUGUUUCGCUAGAUAUGAUAGAUAAUAAACAUUUUUCUUUUAAAAUAUUUCAGAUUCUUCACACACUUAUAAAUUAUCUUAAUUCGUAAUCUUCGAUAUAGAAUAUAGGAACAUAAUAUAUAAGUUUUAUUUUUAUAUUUAAAUAGUUAUAAAAAUAGUCUCCUAUUCAUUCUUAUAAUCAUUCAGAUUUUGGUAAUUUAACUGUAAACAUAAUUUAACGUUUAUUUAUGAAUUAAAUAUUUUUAUUCAUUGAAAAUUGAAUACUGUUUAUGGUAUCAAACUUUGAUUUUUGUAUGACAAAGCAUUUUAUUUAUUAUAAUUAAAUCCAUGUAAAAUUAAAUUAUGAAAAUUUUAUAACAAUAAUAUGCUUCACUUUGUUUUGUGAGAAUGCGAAUGGAGUUAGUACGUGUUCACAUUUAAGUUUUCGUCAGUCAUCCAUUCAUUCAAUAGUAUCGUAGUACAGAUUCAUUUUAAAGUACCAAAUAGUUUUCCAAGAUGAAACAAAUUUUCAGGAUUUUUUUUAUGUACUACGGAAAUGUGCUGUUCGUUUUCUUGUUAAAAACGACUUUUUGAUUGUUCGUAUUGAACACAAUUACUGUAAAUAUUUUAUUUUUUUUGUUAAAUACAUGAAUGUGUC